AAAAAUUUUCGAUAUUCAUUUUCAUAGACGUGACAAAAUCCUUCGUUAAAAAUAUUUGACAAAAAUUCUUAAAAAAUUUCCGAAUUAAAAUUUCCAAAUUUUUUCUAAAAAAAACCAAGAAAUAAACAAGCAAAAACCAAUAUUUCGAUAUGUGUGAUCCUAGCUGCCUAUCUUGUGGACCAUGCAAUCCCUGCGACCCAUGCUGUGGACCAUAUGAGUGCAAACCUUGUCAAGCCAAUGUGUUGCGUGGUGGCGUCAUGUACAACACUUGCGAUUGUCUUCGACGCAAUGGUCUCCAGGACAAAUGUCCUAGCGCAUGGUGUCAGCGACGUUCAGAUCGUUCAUCCUUCUCGCAAUCUAACAACUCAUGUCCACAACCAUCAACCUCACCAUAUGGAGAAUAUUUUGAUCCCUCUUGCGGACCGUCGAAUCCAUCGGGCGGAGCUCCAUCCCCAGUUCCAUGGUCACCAUCACCAAGCUGUUGUUCACCUUUACCCGAGGGCGGUAUACCAGAUCCCAGAAUUUGGAAUGUAUACAACACACCACCAAGCUAUCCAUGUGGAUUUUAAAUGAGAUAUUAAAAGGUCCUUAUCAAGGAUAAUGAACUGCAAAUACAACAGAUUGUAUUUUAUUUUGUAAUUGUAA